GCUAGUGGACAUGGAAGGGAGCCUGAAGCAAAAUGUUCUUUUCGGACGUGACGCUCGAUCAAGAACUUUAUUACAAAAUAAGUUGUGAACCUGUUAAAGGAUACUGUUUGAGAGUUAGUAACUGUUCUGUAACAACUGAUGCUCCUGGCCAAAAACCUUAUUUAAUUAUUGAUGGGAGAGGGUGUACAACAGAACCUUCCUUGUUUGAGCAUGUUCAAUAUGAAGACAACUUUACAGCAGGCAUUUACAACCCUUAUCCAAUCCGUUUUCGAAAUCAAAAAUCUGCUGUACAAUUUAAUUGUGAUACAAGUUUAGUAUUGCUUUCACAGGAUGGAAAGUGUCAACGUGAACGUUGUGUUUGGAAUGAAUACACAAAAGAAGCAAAUGAACAACAACAACAUACAAAAUAAAGUUGGGGGUAAAAGGGUAGGGGGAUGAGGGAGAACUUGAUUUUUAAAAAGUUUGUGUUAAAAAUUAAAUUAUUUUUUUUUGUAAAUAAAAA